AUGCGGCUGAACCCAAAGAAAUGCACCUUCGGGGUUAGGUCUGGAAGGUUCCUAGGUUUCUUGGUCUCCCGAGAGGGAAUCCAGGCCAAUCCGGAUAAGGUCCAGGCCAUCAUGGACAUGGCCCCUCCGAGGAACAUAAAGGAGGUCCAGCGGCUCACGGAAAGGAUGGCCGCCUUGAAUAGAUUCCUCUCGCGUUCCGCGAUGAGGGAGCUAUCCUUCUUUCGAAUCUUGAAAGCGCCUAAGGACUUUCAGUGGAUUGAGGAGUGCCAGAAAGCCUUCACCGACCUGAAGGCAUACUUGGCUGAGCUGCCAAAUUUGACCGCCCCGGAGCAGGGGGAAACCCUGAUCCUAUACCUGUCCGCCUGCAACGAGGCUGUUAACGCGGUUUUGGUGGGGGAAGACAGGGGGGCUCAGAGGCCAAUAUAUUAUGUCAGCCGUGCUUUACAAGGGCCGGAAACGCGGUACACACUGGCAGAGAAAUUGGUCCUUGCCCUGGUGCACGCCGCCCGAAAACUCCGACCUUACUUCCAGGCCCACAGUAUUGUUGUCAUGACUGAUCAGCCCUUACGACAAAUACUCACAAAACCUGAGGUCUCGGGCAGGAUGACCAAAUGGGCCGUCGAACUAGCCGAGCAUGAUAUCGGCUAUCAGCCUCGCACCGCUAUCAAAGUUCAGGCCCUGGCGGACUUCCUUGCUGAAGGGGCCAGUUUGUCCGUGGCCGAGCCAAGCCCCUCGCGCGAGGAGGUACGGCCGGGGGAGCCGUGGGUACUGUUUAUGGACGGGGCCUCGAGCAAGGAAGGGAGUGGAGCCGGCCUACUGCUCACCUCACCCACCGGGGAAGAGCUGACCUACGCACUCAGGUUUGACUUCUCGGCAUCCAACAACGAGGCGGAAUACGAGGCCUUACUGACAGGAUUGCGGAUAGCCUACCAGAUGGGUAUAACUGCGAUCAAAGCCCGGAGUGACUCCCAGCUCGUAGUCCACCAAGUCCGCGGAGAGUAUGAGGCCAAGGAGGACAUCAUGAAAAAAUACUUGGCUAAGGUACGAGAAGCAAUAGCCCUGUUUGAUGUUUUUGAAAUCGAGCAGGUGCCGAGGUCACAGAACAAGCGCGCAGACGCUCUGUCAAAACUGGCGUCCUCCUCGUUUGCUCACCUGAACAAGGAAGACUUGGUGGAGGUAGUCAAGCAAAAAAGUAUCGACCAGGUCCAAGUCUUGGCUAUAAACAGCCCGGCCUCUUGGAUGGCUCCCCUCGUGGACUUCCUCUGCUCGGGUGUCCUCCCCGAGGACAAAAUCGAGACCCGACGACUCCAGCUUGUGGCUGCCAAGUAUGCCUACGCCGGGGGGACCCUCUACAGGAGGUCGUACUUGUCUCCCUGA